CAGUAUAUAGUUUCAUGCUGUCAGCGAAUCUCUUGACAUUCGAACAGAGUUCAAAUCCAUAAGUUCCUUUAUGGAAUUAACGUGUAAAUUCAUUGCAUGAGCUUCCUCUUCAGACUUUUAAUGGCGGCUAAAUAUAAUCAGCUUAGUUUACCUGCUGAUUCAUUUUAUUGAGGGAUUACAUGGUCAUGCCAUCUCUUGAAUAUACCUAUGAAGACAGGGGUUGAGGUGGUUGUGCUCAGUUUAUAAUCAUUGUCAUCUACGAUAUGUUGGUAUCUGCAAGAUCAGCUUUCAAGCGACAGGGCAGGGGAUGCAUAUGUAUGAAUUUGAGAUUCAAGUGAGUAAUCUACAUUUGAAGAAUGAGAUAGGCACUGGUUGAACAUGUGCGGGCACCAAGAACUCAAAAUGCUUUAGAGCAAUUUAUGUUUUUGUGGAGCUAGCUAUAAUUAUUCUGCCACCAUGAAUAGUGAGGCUCCAGGCACUCCUGGCCAAUGGCUCAAAGGUGCAGUAACUGCUGGUUCAAACGAGAGAAUCCUUUUAGACAGCAAUGAAGACAAUAUAUGUUCGCAGACAGGCGAAGAAUUUGCAACUGAGUUCUAUCGUGAUCGGUUUGGUUUGAGGAGAUCCACUGUCACAACUGAUGUGGACAAUCAUCAGCCAAAUAGAUCGGGUUGUGAUUAUAAUCAGAAUUAUCAGGCAGUUUAUGACGAUCUUGCACGCGUUGUUGGAAUAAAGAGAAUGGACUCUGAUAGUAAUUCGGAUUUGUCAGAUUUCGCUGCAACAUCAGGAUACGUUGCUGAACCUGAAAGCAGGUCAUAUCCUAACAAUCUGAACAAGUUCCAGUGGGAACAUGGUGGUAUUGGACAACGAUCUGGCAAAUUUACUGAAGAAAUUUAUUUGGAUCCAAUUUCUUCAGGACCAACUGCUCCGCCCAUUUAUGCAGCUGAAUCCCUUCCGUCCUGUCAUCCUUAUCCACCGGCGCUUUCAGAUGCUUCGUUGUAUAAGAAGAUAAAAUUUCUUUGUAGCUUUGGAGGGAGAAUCUUACCUAGGCCAAAUGAUGGGAAGCUCAGAUAUGUGGGAGGAGAAACACGGAUUAUAUCCAUAAGGAAAAACAUUGCUUGGAAGCAACUUAUGGAGAAGACUCAUGCAAUAUGGAACCAAGCUCAUAUUAUCAAAUACCAGCUUCCUGGAGAGGAUCUGGAUGCUCUUAUUUCUGUUUGUUCUAAUGAGGAUCUUCAUCAUAUGAUAGAGGAGUAUGAAGAAGUUGAAAGAAUUGGAGGCUCUCAACGUCUGCGGAUAUUUCUCAUAUCAUCAAGUGAAUCUGAGAACCCGAACUCUGUUGAAGCAAAAGUCAAUCUGCCAGGUGAUGUUGACUAUCAGUAUGUCGUAGCUGUUAAUGGCAUGCUGGAACCAAGUCCUCGGAUGAGCUCCAGUGGGCAAGGUUUGGUAAGCCAAACAAGCCAGUUUGCAAAUUCCUCUGAUUUCAAUAGUCCAAGAUUGUUCAAGGAAUCAACUGCAUCUGCAUAUGCUUGGGAUGUGAAGGAUCGCAGUCCAAUGUCCCCUCGUUUGGGAGGAUUGCUCAAUAAAGCUGGUUCUCAGUUUUUAACAGCACUUCAAGCGCCAGGGAAAUCAUUCAAUCAAUCACCACCUAGUCCUAUAUCUGGUAUUCGUGCUCAGACUAAAGAUCAUGAAAUUUCCAACAAAGAGCUAAUUACAGACCAGCCAUGCAAUGUUGGUAAGGGAGGCCUUGUUCCCUUUGUGAAGGAAAGAAUUCAAUGUGGCAAUUCCUUGUACAGAGAUGAUGCCCAUUAUGUUGAUCCAGCUGCAUACUAUAACAACCUAGCCCAAGGACCUCCUUUGAAUUAUCAUCAUAAUAAUCAACAUAUAGUGGAGGUUGGUCAGCCCAAGAAUCACAAUGAUGGUGUUCAAUAUCACAUGAGAAGCCAUAGUGAAAACUUUGACUCUUCUGCAACGUGUGGUCAAGGUGAUAUGAUAUCUGAGAGACCCCCACGUCCACACGAGGGUUCAUUCCAUUUUGAGAAGAAUCUCUCUCAUCCUGAAGGCUCAUCAUUAGUAAUUUCAGCCUCUAAUGAUAGAGAUAGAGAGAGGUCCCAUUGCAGAUUAUUGCAUGCACUGUCUGACCCAAUGUUGCAAAGUGAUGAGAAGUCUGAAGAUCACUUGCGUCCCUCCCUUAAAGUAAAGGGCAACAAGUCGCCUUUUCUGCAAGUUUCAAGUUCUUUCCGGGAAAGGCCGUUUCAGGAGGGGGAGGUAAUUGAUGAAAAAAAACUGAUAGCUGAGUAUAAAAUUCCGCCCAGUUUUGGAAAAACUGGCAGUUUCAAGGGGAUUUUGAAUCCCAAUCAAGGGAGCUUCCAACUUGCAGAUAAUAACAAUGCCUGUUCUGGGGAAAUUGGAAGAUUUGGAGGUAAUAGUGAAGUUAUAUCACAUGAAAGUGUCUUGCAUAUCAAAGAUUUGGAGGGCGUCAAUUACAAACAAGUUGGUUGCCAGUCUUCAGUAGACUCACAAAGCAGUGAAUGCAAAUUACAUGCUUCCUCAUUGAAGUCUGAAUCUACAAGAAACCUGAAGGAGCAACCACAUGGUCUGCUACCAGACAUGGCUGCUUCUGAGUUUUUUAUGAGAAGCCAAAAUUCUACGAUGUAUCUUCAAUUUACUAUGUCGACAACAGAUAACAGCGAGUCAUCUCACCAUGGAUCCUCUGAUUUACAGCUUAUUGACUCCCAAACUGACGUAGAGUCCAUACUGUUAGCCUCUAGUAAGGGAUCAGCUUCCAGAGGGGAGAUUUUUCUCUCUGGUGAGAAUCCUGCCAAUUUUCCUCACCAGAAGAAUGACAAGAUUGUCUAUGACCAAGAUUCUUUUGUUGGGUAUAGCAUUGAGCUACGUAACCAGUCACAGAGCUCUGUUACUUGUCGAGAAAUGAAGCAGCUAAAUGCAGCAGCUAUUGUUAAAGGGCCAACUGAUAGUGGCUCUUCAGGUGUAGAAGAAGAGGAUGAAUCUGAAGCUGUGUUUCUUAAAAGGGAAGAAAGUGCCAGUCCAGAAUCUCAAAGUGAGUUUGCAAAAAUUGAUAGUCAAAACUUCAAUAAGUCAAUUGGAUCAGCAAGUGCUGAAAUAGAGGCUGAACUCUAUGGUUUGCAGAUUAUUAAGAAUGCUGAUAUUGAAGAAUUGCAAGAGCUAGGAUCUGGAACAUUUGGAACUGUUUAUCAUGGAAAGUGGAGGGGAACAGAUGUUGCAAUCAAGAGGAUAAAAAGUAGUUGUUUUUCUGGCAGAUUAUCAGAGCAAGAGCGGUUGAAAAGAGAGUUCUGGCGAGAGGCAAAAAUUUUGUCAACUCUUCACCAUCCAAACGUGGUGGCCUUUUAUGGGGUAGCUCCAGAUGGCCCGGGUGGGACAUUGGCAACUCUUACAGAAUAUAUGGUACAUGGAUCACUGAGGAAUGUUCUCUUGAAGAAGGAAAAAGUGCUUGACCGCCGAAAACGUCUUAUGAUUGCAACGGAUGCAGCCUUUGGCAUGGAAUACUUGCAUUUUAAGAAUGUCGUUCAUUUCGAUUUGAAGUGUGAUAAUUUACUUGUCAAUUUGGGGGAUCCCGAACGGCCUGUGUGCAAGGUUGCUGAUUUUGGCCUAUCAAGAAUUAAACGUAACACUCUUGUUUCUGGUGGUGUCAGAGGAACCCUUCCCUGGAUGGCACCAGAAUUAUUAGAUGGCAACAGUAGUGGGGUCUCUGAGAAGGUUGAUGUUUUCUCAUUUGGCAUUGCCAUGUGGGAGAUCUUGACUGGGGAAGAGCCAUAUGCUAGCAUGCAUUGUGGUGCCAUCAUAGGUGGAAUUGUCAACAAUACACUCAGGCCUCCAAUCCCAAAACGUUGUGAUUCAGAAUGGAAGAGAUUGAUGGAAGAAUGUUGGAGCCCUGAUCCUGCAGCCAGGCCACCCUUCACAGAAAUAACACAUAGAUUACGCCUCAUGCAAGCGGCUCUGCCCAAGAAGAAACACGCUCCUGCAACUUGAUGACAGCCUCUUCUUGUUCUUGUUCUUCUUCUUUCUGUUUUCUUUCUUUCCUUUUUUUUUUUAAAAAAAAUUGAAAAUGAAAUGCACAUAAGAAAGAAACGCUUUCAAUUUAUUUUGAUAGAUUUGUUUGUAUAGGAAAUUUAGUUUAGAUGUCCCAUCUUGCUAGCCAAAAUUGUAUAUAUGAAAGCUACACACACGUUCCCUCAA